AUGGGAAAUUCUUGCGCUUGUCUCAACAAUAAUGAAACUCAACCAUCUAGAAGAAAGAGCAAUAUGAGCCGUAAAAGUGGGCAUUUAAAAAGAACAUCUCAUGCUUAGUUCUAAAAUGAAAUGAAUUUUGAGAAGGAAAUCAACACUUACUAAAGCCAAACAAUAUCUAAAAGACCAUCUGAGAUACAAACAGACUAAAAUUCAAACUCAAAUCAUAAUUCCCAUUAAAACAAACAGAAAUAAGGUCAUGAUUCAAAUGAUAUUUUGCUUAAAAAGCAGACUUUUGAGAGUGAUAACUCAGUCAAACUAACGUUGAAUGAUUAAAAGCAUUAAUAGAGUAUUGUAGUAGCGUAAAAUAUUAAAGAAAGUUCUCUAAACACUAUUAUAAAAGAUGAUAAUUAAAACCUACACAAACAAUCUCAAAAUGAAUUGGAAAAUGACUCAUAGAGAUAAACUCAUUUUGAGUCUAAUUAAAAGAACUAAAAUGCGAGCAUUGAUAGCAUUAACAAAUAUGAUAAUAAAUCCAAGAUUAUAGAGGAUAGGAUAGACUUUAAAAGUUUGACCUAAAUAGAACUCAAUUAAAAUCACCAGGGAGAAAAUUAAAUUCAUGAGACAUCUAAUAACUAGUUAGAUGAAAAGAUUUAUGAGAAGAAUAAGAGCAUUAUUGAAUAAUAAUAGCAGGAAUCAAGAAAUAAAUUGUAGGAUUCAUUGAUUUUUGAAGAGCCUGAUAACUUAUUAUAGAAUGAGCAAAAAUAGGAUUCUUUGCACAAUAAUUCAUUUUGCAGAGAUCUCAACCUCAUUAAAAAAUAAGAAGACAUGAGUAAUGAUAAAAGUGAAGACCUAAAAUUUUCCCAAACAUCUAAUCAUUAUCUAGGAAAUGCUGGAUAUAUGAGAGAAAGUUAUGAUCGUCUGGCGAGCUAAUUUGAUUUGGAUGGGUAUCAUAUGGAUUAUAAAAAUCAAUUCAGCAGAUAAGAAGGAGGUCAUUGUGAUUUAGAGGAUUUGGUGAAUGACUUAGAUUCUAACAAGGAUAAUAAUUUAGAUGAUGUAAAUGAUGAGUAAUAUGAAACUUAGCAAGAUCAAGAAGAUAUUUUAAACUAAAAUGUGGAAAUAGAUCCCAAUGAGGAUUUGGAGGAUGACCUUGACGAAGAAAAUAAAGACAUAAUUGAUGAUAAUAUCCUUUCAAAGAAUCAACCCAUCAAACGAAACAGAGAUCAGAAUAGAGACAAUAUUAUAAUUGAUGAUACUUCAGAUAUAUAAGAUAAUGAUGAUGAUAACAGUGCAGUCAUUGAUGGGCAGUCAUACAAAUCUGGUAAUACUACAAAUAUCUAGGCAUUUCAAACCAGCGAACAUAAUUCAUCAUUUUAUUCACAGACUUCAAGUGUUUAAGUCAUGAGAUUAGAUCAGAAUAGUUCAUAUGCUUCAUCUUAGAUGACUUAAGUAAUAAGAAGAAGAGCCAAUUAAGGAGAGUCAGAUACAGGAAGUGAGAUGAAUAAUACACUUACUUCAAUCAAGCAUCAAGAUACUGAUGUAAAUAACAGAACCAAUACAUCGAUUGUGUCAUUUACCUCAAAUGGAUCAGCAGCUAUGAGCCAGGCAUCUUUAAGAUCUAAGAAUAGUUAAAAGAGAGGAGCUAAAAAUCUCUUUACAAAUUAAUUUUACAAAGACUUAAAAAAAGGAGAUCAACCAGAACAGGAUAAAAAUGUGAUAUAUGAUGAAAAUGAUGAGAAUGAUGUAGAGGAAGAAGAGGAGGAUAUGCUUAAAAAGAUGAAAAGAAUGCAAAAACAGUCAAGACCUUCAAAUGCUAACGGAGCUGCUCAAAUGAAAGAACUUAAGGGCUAUAACAGUGAUGAAGAAAGAGGCACUGGAAGCUCAAAAAAUAGAAUGACUACGGAAGCAUCUGAAAAGGAUGUUCAGAAUUAAGAUAAUUCUGCUGGCCUUAUGUUCAAAAGUAGAUCCUCUAUUCAUCAAAAAUAAUCAUUUAUAAAAUAGGACAUCCCAAUAAGUCAAGAGUGA